AUGGAAUCGCCUGCUAACAAAGCUGCCUAUAGCUGGCUGCUUCUACCUGCUGGCAACAACGAAAAGGCGGCUACGGGAGGAUUCAAUGCUUCCAUGGUCUUAGACGGCACGAGAAACCAAGGCUCAACGCAUGUUCAAAUCCAUCGAAAUAUUACGUUCGAAGGUGGCUACAGGCUGCAACGCAACGAUAACGAUCUGGAAGUAAUGGCAAAUCGAAGCAUCAUGUUCGUGCACGUCGGAAAAUCGGGCGGAGAGACUAUCAAGCGUGUUCUAGAGAUCGCAUGUCGGACUAAAGCAAACAAAGAUGCAUUCUUGUUCAGCUUGCGUCACCCUUUGGAUCGUACACUCUCAUGGUUUCGAAACUUUGAUCCUCAAAACUGCCCUGAAGGGAAACGAACAAAGGCGAGCUGCUUGACGGCACAUUCCAUUAAAAAUGAUCCUACCAGUUGGGCCGGUCACUUUUUUGGAGUUUGCUUCUCCAGCGCAGAAGCAUGGGCACAAGCUUUGAGUCAUCCGAAAGACAAAUGCAACGUUCUCGCAUGGGACACCAUCCUGGGACGAAUUGCAAUCCAAGAUGAGUCUUUAGUGGCACACAUGACGGCAAACAUUCGACGAUAUGCGAAAGCUACAGCAGCAAGGUAUCCAGAGAAAGAUGUGCUUGUUGUGCGAAUGGAAUAUAUGUGGAAGGAUCUUAAAGCUUUGGAUCUUAGUUUAGGAGGAACUGGUCGAUUUGGAGCUAUGGCUGGUUCCAAAGUCGCCCACGGAAGCGAGGUGUACGAAUUCCAAAAUGAGGAUCUUUCGGCGGCAUCCGUCGUCACAAUGUGUUGUGCUCUACGAGAUGAAAUGGAAGUUUUUUAUUCUCUUCUUCAUAAAGCGCAAAAUCUCGAUGCCGUUCAUAAACGUCGAACAUGGGAAGAUGCUUUAAGCUAUUGCGGAUCUACCUCAUGGAUAGAUUUUGAAGCACAAUGUCGUACCAUUCAGCAAUCAUUCCAUUGA